AUAUUUUGAGAAACCCUGCAACAUUAUUGUUGUAAUUAUCUGAUGUUAGAAUUAGUUUGGUACCAUAAUUAAUGUUUUAAUAGUUAUAUUAACAUAUUAAUUAUAUUAAUUUCUUUUGCAAUACGUUUGCUUAUAAAUUUGCUUUAUGUCAAUUUUUCUAAUAAUUGACAGUUGUGUUGCAAGAACAGACUACCACUUACGGCAAGCUACAGGACUUUACGGAGUGAACAACAUCGACAGUCUUCUACAAAGAUAUUCAAAACUUCACAAUAAUGGCUACAAGGGGUGGCAAGAGUAAGAAGAAGCCAGUUGAAACAACACUGGGAAAGGCUCCUGUGGUCAAUGAGGUGGAUGAAGCUCAUCUCAAGAAACCCAUUGAAACAAGUGUACAUGGACUUCAUCAGGUCCUGGGUUUGCUUAAAAAUGCUACCAAUGAAGUAAAAGAUUAUAUUACAUAUGAGUGUGAUAUUUUAUAUGAGUGCAAAUUCUGUAGAAGUCUCUUUAGGAGUCUUGCUAAUUUUAUACUACAUAAAAGAAGUUACUGCAAGGAACAGUUUACUCCAUUUGUUUGCAGUAUUCCUCAGAUAAAUAAUAAUGAAACUCAAUCACAGGACUGCACAGAUGAAGAUAUCGUGUUGCCGAAAAAGUCUUUAAAACCUGUCAUUGAUAAACUAUAUCAAAAACACAAUAUUAAUGACUUCGCUGAGAAAUGCUGCGAAGAAGAUCUCACGAAUAUAGUAAAAACCGUCGAGGAAAAGCGAGAUAAUUUACUGGAACAAGAUUUAAUUUUAGAAGAAAUAAAGGACAGUAGUACUGCCAUGUUUCAGACACUGGUCAAGGAUUCAAAAGGAACUGAUGGGGAAUUCACGAAAUCUGAAGUAAUGGAGAUGCAUGGAAUUCUCGACAGCGAAAAUGUAUGUCUAGGUUCAGAUGGUAAAGUCUGUACAUUUAAUACAGAUAAAAUCAAUGAAAACAGUAACAUUCCCAAGAGAAAACUGAAAUGUAUUAAAUGCAAUCAAAGAUUCUCCACCAAAAAGACUCUUGCCUACCACAUUAAAUCCAAACAUAACUCCACUAGGAUGCUAUUUGUUUGUCCCGAUUGUAAAGACACAUUCGCUAAUGCUUGGUGUGUUUACAGACAUCUUUAUAAAGUUCAUAAAAGGACUGGUGCACAAGUUAGGAAAAUGAGGGAUCAGAUUCACAGUUCGAUUAUUAGAAGAGAUCAGAAACCUAUAAAGAAAAAAGAGAAAAAAGUCGAAGAGAUAACAAAAACUGAUGAAGAAAACCAGUGGUUGAAUAAUUUCGAGUGUCACAAUGAUUUUCAAAUGUGCGGAGGGUGUGGCAAAAGGUUUGAUCGCAAGGCAGCGCUCCAUUCUCAUUCACAGAUGUGCAUCAAACGGAUAGCAGUAUGCAAUAAUAUCCGUGAAAAUAAUAAAAAGAAGGAAAUAGAAUUAGAAAAAGAAUUGAAGACAAAAAAAGAUAAAAUUGGUACAGUGGUGGAGUCCGUCGUUAAAGGUUCAGCGAAAAGAAAGCCGCGAGUUAUAAAAAUGUACAAAAGUAAAUUUAGAGAGAAGUCAGUUGAUAUAAACGAAAAUAUUAAAAAAGCUAAGAAUAAAAAGGGCAGCGCACAGAGACAAAAUGUCGCUAACCAAGAAUCAGAUGCAAAAAAUGAGAACAAUAAUUCAACAAAAUCUUCUGAAGGUGAAACUCCUAAUUUCUAUGACACAGAACGUACUGAUGAAGAUAUGAAUAGUCAGUUUAAUCCACACAUUAAAAUUAAAGUUGAGGCGUUAUCUGAUGAUGAGAUCCCAAAAACCGAAACGACUACAGAGUUAUCAAAUGUUAAAAAUAAACAUUUGUUGCGCAAAAGAGUGAAAUUAGAAAAAACCAAACAAACCACCUCAGAAGAAAGUUUUACAAAUUGUUUUGAUAACUUUUUAGAUGAAGAUGUAGACUUGACUGAAUUGAUAGAAGCAGCAGAAGCUUAUAUGGAUCCAUCAAAGCAAUCUUGCAUUCCUUGUAAGUUAUCAUUUGUAUGUAAGGAGCAAUUGCUUUGGCAUAUGUCUGCACAUUUUUCAUGGUUCAGGUUCCAGUGUAGUCGAUGUUCGUUUGUGUCUUAUAAUAAAUUAGACUGUGCUGAACAUGCUCAGGUAACUCAUCAGGCACCAGAUAACUUGAUUGAAAGUAUUGUGUUACCCAUUCCUAAUUGGAAAAUAUCGUUGAUGUCGCAUACAUUCAAAUCUUUAAAUGGUGACGAUGAAGACCUCAAAGGCAAACACACUGAUGAAAGAAUUGUUGUCACAGAAAAUAUUUGUGAUAUGAUUGAGUCUAAUAACGAUUCCACGGAGAGUAAAACUACUGAAGCUAGCUUGUUUGAUGACGUUGAUUCCAGCAAAAACGAAAUGGAUUCUUCCGAUUCAAACGGAACAGAAGUAACUGCAGGAAGUGAGGAUAUAGAUAUAAAGGACGACUCAAAGGAAUCAUUCCAGGUAGAAUUACCACAGGAAAUUUAUAUAAUAGAUCAGUCGAUCUUUUUAAAUGAAAAUGUUGAUUUAGAACGUGUGAAUCAAUCAGAAAAUGAGACAAAAAAUAUAAAAAUGGAAGAAGAUGAUGAAGAAAGUUUUCUUCCCCAGCUCACUAGGGAUAAGCCUAUAAAAGUAGAAAUUGUUUCUUGUGAUAAUAAUGAAUCUACUUCAAAUAGCUGUGAUAUUAAAUUUAAGCCAAGCGUGUCUUUGAGACCGACAAGAAUACGCACGAAAAGUGUAAAAACGCUUCAAAAUGAUUUUUUGUAUGAUUUAAAUAACGUACUGAAAUUGAACGAAGCCUCUCGUGCUAAGUCGUCGAAAAUUAAAAAAAGCAAUAUGUUGCAAAAACUAAAGGAAAACAAUACACCUAGUGCAAUUUUUAAAAAGAAAAAAUUAAACAGCUCUGCUUGCACCAAAUCGGAUAACAAGAAAUAACUAGAUUAUGAAUAUUUCUUAUUUAAAUUGAGUUAUAUAAUUCUUAAUUAAUUUUAUUUAAUGCUUGUAAAAUGCAAGCAUGCUUUGUAUUAUUAAUUUAAUAUAUAUAUUUAUUUCAGUACAA